GCGCCGUUACCUAGCAGCGGACGGGGCGGCGCAGCUCCCGGUGGUUUGCCGACCCCUCAGCCAAUGGGAUGGCGUCGCCCGGGCCUGCUCCCUUUUUCUGGGGCUCUAGCAGCCUCCCGGACUCAUCAGUCCUUAACUUGAGCUGCGGGGUGCAUCGUGCAUCGCGGGCCGCCACUUCUGCUUACACGUGGAACCCACCGGUCAACGAUCUGAGGAGCCGGGGCGCUACGCUGAAGACCCGCACUACGCUGCACAUCCCGGCUUUCCCUCUCACAGCCGCCGCUGCGCUUUUCCCCCUGCAAUCGCACACACGCUGGAGUCUUCUCGGCCCCACUGAAGCUCAGUGGGCAGCUCCGCGGCCACCAAGCUUUUCUAUGAGAGACUCCACAUAACGCAGGUUGGGGGCACCCGCGCCCGCCAUCCGGCCAGGAUGGCUGGACCGCAGUCCCUCAGAGAGCUGUCCCCCGACUGCACGUCCCCAACUCCACCUGCAGCAUCUCAGAUCCUAGCUGGAAGCCUGAAGGCUCCACUCUGGCUUCGCGCUUACUUCCAGGGUCUGCUCUUCUCUCUGGGCUGCGGCAUCCAGAGACACUGUGGCAAGGUGCUCUUCCUGGGACUGUUGGCCUUUGGGGCUCUGGCGCUGGGUCUCCGUGUGGCCAUUAUUGAGACAGACCUGGAACAGCUCUGGGUAGAAGUGGGCAGCCGAGUGAGUCAAGAGCUGCAUUAUACCAAGGAGAAGCUGGGAGAGGAAGCUGCCUACACCUCCCAGAUGUUGAUUCAGACCGCCCGCCAGGAGGGGAAGAAUGUCCUCACGGCUGAAGCGCUUGGCCUUCACCUCCAGGCAGCCUUCACUGCCAGUAAAGUGCAAGUAUCGCUGUACGGAAAAUCCUGGGAUUUGAACAAAAUCUGCUAUAAGUCAGGAGUUCCCCUUAUUGAAAAUGGAAUGAUCGAGCGGAUGAUCGAGAAGCUGUUUCCAUGUGUGAUCCUCACACCACUUGACUGCUUCUGGGAAGGAGCCAAACUCCAAGGGGGCUCUGCCUACUUGCCGGGCCGCCCUGAUAUCCAGUGGACCAACCUGGAUCCAGAGCAGCUGCUGGAGGAGUUGGGCCCCUUCACCUCCCUCGAGGGCUUUCGGGAACUACUAGACAAGGCACAGGUGGGACAAGCCUAUGUAGGGCGGCCCUGUCUGGACCCUGAUGACCUCCAGUGCCCUCCUACUGCCCCCAACCACCACAGCAGGCAGGCUCCCAAUGUGGCUCAGGAGCUGAGUGGGGGCUGCUAUGGCUUCUCUCACAAAUUCAUGCACUGGCAAGAGGAGUUGCUGCUGGGAGGCAUGGUCCGAGACCCCCGAGGACAGCUGCUGAGGGCGGAGGCCCUCCAGAGCACUUUCCUGCUCAUGAGUCCCCGCCAGCUGUAUGAGCACUUCCGAGGCGACUACCAGACGCAUGACAUUGGCUGGAGCGAAGAGCAGGCUGGCAUAGUGCUGCAAGCCUGGCAGCGGCGCUUUGUAGAGGUCAGUGUGGCCCGGCACAGGGAAGGUGCCCGGGGGCUCCCGUCCUCCGUCCUCAGAGCCACCCUGUCUCUCCAGCUGGCCCAGGAAGCCCUGCCUGAGAAUUCAUCGCAGCAGAUCCACGCCUUCUCUCCCACCACUCUGGAGGACAUCCUGCACACCUUCUCAGAAGUCAGCGCUGCGCGUGUGGCGGGAGGCUAUCUACUAAUGUUGGCCUACGCCUGUGUGACGAUGCUCCGAUGGGACUGUGCCCAGUCCCAGGGGGCUGUGGGCCUUGCUGGGGUGUUGCUGGUGGCCCUGGCAGUGGCCUCAGGCCUUGGGCUCUGUGCCCUGCUCGGUAUCGCCUUCAAUGCUGCUACUACUCAGGUGCUUCCGUUCUUGGCACUGGGCAUCGGCGUGGAUGACAUAUUCCUGCUGGCGCAUUCCUUCACAAAGGCCCCACCUGGCACCCCUCUCUGGGAGCGCAUGGGCGAGUGUCUACAGCGCACGGGCACCAGCGUCGCACUCACGUCCAUCAACAACAUGGUUGCCUUCUUCAUGGCCGCCCUGGUUCCCAUCCCUGCCCUGCGGGCCUUCUCCUUGCAGUGUCUGCCCUCCUGUCCACCCCAGGCGGCUGUUGUGGUUGGCUGCAACUUCGCAGCAGUGAUGCUCAUCUUCCCAGCCAUCCUCAGUCUGGAUCUAUGCCGGCGCCACCGCCGGCGCCUCGAUGUGCUCUGCUGCUUCUCCAGGUACUGUCCCUGCAUGCCCCCUCUUUUGUUCCUUGGCUCCAGCCCCACCUGUCCGUCCCUAGCAUUUCAAGGCCUGCGCCUGGCAUGCAUUCUCUCUGCCUCUUCUAGCCCCUGUUCUGCUCGAGUGAUUCAGAUUCUGCCCCAAGAGCUGGGGGAUAGGACAGUACCAGUGGGCAUUGCCCACCUGACCACCACAGUACAAGCUUUCACCCACUGCGAAGCCAGCAGCCAGCAUGUGGUCACUGUCUUGCCUCCUCAAGCCCACCUGGUGCCCCCACCUUCUGACCCACUGGCCUCUGAGCUCUUCAGCCCUCGAGGGUCCACACGGGACCUUCUAGACCAAGAGGAGGGGUCAAGGCAGAAGGCGGCCUUCAAGUCCCUCCCCUGUGCCUGCUGGAAUCUUGCCCAUUUCGCCCGGUACUGGUUUGCACCCUUGCUGCUCCAGUCACAUGCCAAGGCCAUGGUGCUGGUGUUCUUUGGGGCUCUCCUGGCCCUGAGCCUCUACGGAGCCACCUUGGUGCAGGACGGGCUGGCCCUCACAGAUGUGGUGCCUCGGAGCACCAAGGAACAUGCCUUCCUGAGCGCCCAGCUCAGGUACUUCUCCUUGUACGAGGUGGCCCUGGUGACCCAGGGUGGCUUUGACUACGCCCACUCCCAACGUGCCCUCUUUGAUCUGCACCAGCGCUUCAGUUCCCUCAAGGCUGUUUUGCCCCCGCCUGCCACCCAGGCGCCCCGAACCUGGCUGCACUAUUAUCGCAACUGGCUACAGGGAAUCCAGACUGCGUUUGACCAGGACUGGGCUUCUGGGCGCAUUACCCGCCACUCCUACCGCAAUGGCUCUGAGGAUGGGGCUUUGGCCUACAAGCUGCUCAUUCAGACUGGAAAUGCUCAGGAGCCUCUGGAUUUCAGCCAGCUGACCACAAGGAAGCUGGUGGACAAGGAAGGCCUGAUUCCCCCAGAGCUCUUCUAUAUGGGGCUAACAGUGUGGGUUAGCAGUGACCCCCUGGGGCUGGCAGCCUCACAGGCCAACUUCUACCCCCCACCUCCGGAGUGGCUGCACGACAGAUUCGACACCACUGGGGAGAACCUUCGCAUCCCAGCUGCGCAGCCCCUGGAGUUUGCCCAGUUCCCCUUCCUGCUACACGGCCUCCAGGAGACUGCGGACUUCGUGGAGGCCAUAGAAGGAGCUCGGGCAGCGUGUGCAGAGGCAGGCCAGGCAGGGGUGCGUGCCUACCCCAGUGGCUCCCCCUUCCUCUUCUGGGAGCAGUAUCUGGGCCUGCGGCGCUGCUUCUUGCUGGCUGUCUGCAUCCUGCUGGUGUGUACCUUCCUUGUCUGUGCCCUGCUGCUGCUCAGCCCCUGGACAGCUGUUCUCAUUGUGCUGGUCCUGGCCAUGAUGACCGUGGAGCUCUUUGGUGUCAUGGGUUUCCUGGGCAUCAAGCUGAGUGCCAUCCCCGUGGUGAUCCUCGUAGCCUCUGUGGGCAUCGGCGUGGAAUUCACCGUCCACGUGGCCCUGGGCUUCCUGACCACCCAGGGUAGCCGGAACUUGCGGGCUGCCUAUGCCCUGGAGCACACAUUUGCCCCCGUGACCGAUGGAGCAGUGUCCACAUUGCUGGGUCUGCUCAUGCUUGCCGGUUCCAACUUUGACUUCAUCGUGAGAUACUUCUUCAUGGUGCUGACAGUGCUCACCCUCUUGGGCCUCCUCCAUGGACUCGUGCUGCUCCCUGUGCUGCUGUCCAUCCUGGGCCCCCCGCCAGAGGUGGUGCAGAUGUACAAGGAGAGCCCACGAGUCCUGAGCCCUACAGCUGCACAGGAGGGCAGGCUCAGGUGGGGGGUGUCUGCCAGCCUGCCCCAGAGCUAUGCCAGGGUGACCACCUCCAUGACUGUGACCUUCCACCCACCCCCACUCCCUGGUGCCUACAUCCACUCAGCCUCUGAUGAGUCCGCGUGGUCCUCUGUUGCCACUGCAGCUGCAGACACCUCUGGCAACCCCAGUUUGAGGGGGCCAAGUCCAACUGCUGAAUAAAAAAAGGAGCAGG